AUGUCUGAACGAAGAGGCACUAAAGCUUUGGAGUUGUGGUGUAAGCGGUUAGUUAAAGAUUGCCCUGAAGUGCACAUAGAUAAUAUGACAACAUCCUGGAGAAAUGGCAUAGCAUUUUGUGCAUUGGUUCAUCAUUUUAGACCUGAUUUAAUUGAUAUGUCCAAGUUGAAUCCUGAAAAUAUAUAUGAGAAUAAUAAACUGGCUUAUAGUGUUGCUGAGAAGCACUUAGGUAUUCCUGCUCUAUUAGACCCUGAGGACAUGGUUGAAAACGAUGUACCAGAUAGGUUGUCAAUAUUGACUUAUUUGUCCCAAUUUUAUCAACGUCUAGGACACACAGUGAAUGCAAAAGUAUCUGAAAGUGAGUCCAAGGUAUCGCCUCAAACAGCCAGCGCGGAGUCUUCAGCACCAAUAAGGUUUGGCAAGACUGGUCUAGACAAAUGUGCAGCAUGUGGCCUGCCUGUGUACCUUGCUCAGCGUCUACUCGUAUCUCACAAACUGUACCACAGAAGAUGUUUCCGUUGUUCUAAGUGCUCUGGACAUCUGAAUCCUAAGAAUUUCGAGAUAGUUGAAGGAUCUGAAUUUACCUGUGAUAGUUGUAAAAAUGAAAAGACUUUAUCAAAAUAUCUUAAUAAUAAUGAUCAUGAUCAAAUGGGAAUGCUGGCAUUCACUGACACUGUGAACGAGACCAAAUCAGUCUCGAAUGAGGAGUCAGUAAUUCCUAUAAACAAACCAAGACCACAGUCUAUUUUGGACAAAAUUAACAUGUUCGAAAAAAAUAUAGAAAAAGAUACUAAUAUUGAAUACAAAAUCUCAAAUAUUUCUUUAAAAGACAAUAGUAUUAGUAAAUCCGAAGAACUUAGCACUACUAGUAGAUCUCAUUGUGAAGCAGACACGCAACCGGAAUUGAUAAGUACGACUACGAAAAUGGAAGAUGAGAAAAUACUAAGCAACAAUAUUCCAGAGAAAGUGUACAAAAGUAACAUGGAGAAGUAUAAUUUUCUACAAACACAACUAGCGGAAGAUAUUAGAAAUGAUGAUAAUACUAUAGAAACUGUAGAUGUAAUCAAAACAAGUAACAAAGACAAAGACUGUGUUAAUACAAUUGACCAUAAUACAAUUAGUGUAGAGGACAUAAACGAUGCAAGCAGCAGUGUACAUAAAGAGACUAGCAAUGUAACAGAUGAUAACAGAAUAGCCAACAGCUCAUCCACAGUCCUGGAACAACAUCCAGAAAUAGAACGACCUCCAGAAAUACAACAACCCACAGAAACUCUAGCAGACCCAGAAAUAAGUAUAAGUGUUCCUCCAAGAAGAAAGAAACAAAAUGCUUUGGAGAAAGCUUUAGCCUCUGCUAUGAAAAAGGAGCAAGAAUCUAAGUUGGACAGCAAAGAGUAUCCUGACCAUUUGAAUCCCUUCUCGGAUGAUGAUGAAGAAGAGGAAGUUGCCCCUUCAACUAAAAAAGUCAGUACAAAUCCUUUUGGUAGUAGCGACGAAGAAGACGAUGAUGUGCCACCCAUUCCACAAGCUCCUAAACCUGAGACUACGACACCAGUUAAAAGGCUUAUUGCAGUCAAUCCGUUCUGGUCCGAUGGCGAAGAACCUUCUUCAGAUGAAGAAGAAACACACAAUAAUAGUUCAAUGUAUAGAUCUUCAAUGGCAACAAGCACUCCGAAUCUCCCUGGAAGUACGCCCCGAAGGAAGAAGGGUAAGGCGCCGCCGCCGCCCCCAGCCAUAUCUAUCACAGAGGCGCCGCGACUACAAAACCCGACGCUUACAAACUCCAUGGAUGAUGUCGCCAGCAUAUCCUCUUUGAGCUCAUACAACUCCACCAUUAACUCUGAUCAAAAAUCGAUCGGCAAGUCUACGCCAACGCUUAAGAAGAGGCGGCCUGCACCGACCCCACCUGACAGUUUGUCGACAUUAUCAGGAGGAUGCGGCUCCUUGGAGAAAGGCAUCAACAAUUCUGGUGGACGAAAAACUAAGGGCCCUGCACCAGGCCUUCCACUGCCAGAACGUCGCGAGGUCAAACUACAAAUGUCGCCGGAAGAAUUACAAGUACAAUUGGACCUAUUGGAGACUCAACAACUUGGCCUCGAGCGUCAAGGCGUGCUCAUAGAACGCAUGAUUCGCGACAAGUGUGAGGGUGAUGAGGCUGAAACGGUGCCACAAGAGGAAGUCGAAGAUUUAGUCAUUCAACUGUGUGAACUAGUCAAUGAGAAAAACGACUUGUUCAGAAAGCAAACUGAAUUGAUGUACAUACGACGACAACAACGUUUGGAACAAGAACAAGCUGACAUUGAACAUGAAAUACGUGUCAUUCAAUCACGACCGGCCGUUAACCGCAUUGAUGCGGAUAAGGCCCGAGAAGAAAAAUUGGUUUUACGGCUUGUGGAAAUAGUUCGCAUGCGUGACGAAUUAGUUCAGCAAAUUGAUGCAGAACGUCGGCGCGAACGUCAAGAGGAUUUGGCUAUUGCAGCUUCUAUCGCCAAUAAGAGAGCCCAAAGAAAUAGUGAAUCAAAUAGUUCAUCCAUGAAAUCAGUUGAAGUAAUACCAACUCCCAAAAAAAGUAAGGUAAAGGACAAAGUUAAGAAACAACUGAAGAAAGCAAAACAUACAUUAAUUUCUAAAAAGAAGGAAGAUUCAAGUGAUCGCAAAGAAGAGAAAGAAAAAGAUAAAGAGAAAAGAGUAAAAUGA